CUAUUUGAACUGGGGCGCGGGGCGAAGCUCCCAGUCCCGUUUCCUGCGGGAGUCGGGGUUUGGGUCUCCGCGCGCCAUGAAAGACGAGGUGCUAGGGGAGGAUGCACUGCUGCAGAAGCUCAGGGACAGCCGCCGCCGCUUCCAGCGUCACAUGCAGCAGUUGCUAGAAAAGUACAACAAACCCUUCGAGGAUGCCCCGCUGGUGCAAAUGUCCACGCUUACCUACAAGACAUCCACGGGAUGGAGAGUUUGGGGUGGAAAAGUACUAAAGAAAAACAAAGGACAAGCCCAGGGCUCCCCGGUGAAGGCGGUUGACAGGAAAGAGGGCUCCGUACAAGCCACAGCUGGAGGGCACGAGCCGCCAGCGCCCUGCACACAAGAUCUAGAAGCCGAUUCAGACAGCAGUGCUGAUGCAACUUUAUACCAGGAAGACCUGGCUGAUGGGACCUUAACGCCUGCGGUGCCUUGGAGCCCUUUGAAAGAUGAGCUAAGAAGAAAAUACUUGACCCAGCUGGACAUACUGCUGCAAGACGAAGCGUGUUCAGAGUAUGACGGUUACGGAGAUGGAAACGACACGCGUGUGUCCCUGGCCCCGUCACUGGCCUCGCCUCCCAGGCCUGCCCGUGGGUACUGUCACAGUGUCUCUGAAGAGAGUCUCGGUGGCCCAUUUCCGCCAGCUGCGUCUUCACGCCCUUGUUCAGUAGACAUGGCCAUAGUGCCCAGGAAUGACAGCGUCUCCUUCCAAGACACCAGUGAAAACAGCUUCUUAAGCAGCCAGUCCUUUGUGGCUGCCGACAUCUGCACCGUGACAAUCAGUGACCUGUACGCGGGCAUGCUACACUCGAUGAGCCGGCUGCUGAGUGCGAAGCCUUCCUGUGUCAUCUCCACCAGAACCUUCUCCGUUCAGCACUGGAGCUCCAGGAGGAGGCACAGGUGGAAGAGCAGAAUGAACAGGACAUCCUACAGGGCAGGCAGGUACUCUCAAAGGAGUUCCCGCGAGAGACUUUCGCCUCGUUCGGAGCCUGUGAAAGAGGUGGGAGUAUUAAGAGAUUGCCAGAAUUUACAAGAUGCUUCUGGCCAUAAGGCAGGAUUAAAAGUGAGGAAAACUUUCCUUGAAGUAAACAAACCCCAAAUCCGUACAUUAGAUCCAAGUUGGAAGGAGCUUAAGGGGACACCCCAGAAGCUGUCUUCUUUGACUUACGUAGACUCCAGGACCAUGCAUCGUCUUGAUCAGCAAAAUAGAUUAAUGACAUUAAAAUGGUUAAUUUCUCCUGUAAAAAUAGUUUGCAGACGAAGAAUGCUGCAGGGUGAGGGAGGGAAUCAUUACAGAGAGCUCGAAAACCAAUUUGAUAAGCUUUAUCAGGAAUAUUGCCUAAGCCCCAGGAAGCAGCCAUGCCUGACUUCCAGCUCCUCCAGGGUCCACGUGUACAAAGGUGGUUCAAGCCCAGGUGGCCCCUGGGGCUUGGAAUCCCACAGGCUGAGGAGAUCUUUCAGCAAAGCAAAACCUAAAGUUUUAAAUGAGGCUUUUGAAAACCUGGACCAACGAGCUAUUGAAGCGGGAAGAUGCCUGGCGAGGAGUAAUUCCUUUCCGUCACUUUCGAAGACCCUCCCCACGCCGAGCCCAGGCCGCUCUGAGCUGACAGCUGACCUUUUUCGAGGAAAUAAUCUUGGAAUAUUUAGGAAGUCAGUGUCACUCAGCAAACCUGUUUCAGUAGCCAGGAUACAACCUCUAGGCGGUGUAAGAGAUCGUUACAAUGAAAUUAAAGAAAAAUUUAACAAGCUUCAUCAGAAGUGUUGCCAAAAGUCGCCUCCGCGGACAAAGCCACCUUUAUAUACUGGAGCAUCUCCAGAUAAAGCAAGUGUGGAACUUCACAAUCAAGACGACGUCUUAGGAAAAUUAAAUCCAGACUCUGGCUUUCAGCGUCCCCAAAAGUUGUCACCGUCACCCCAGAGGAGCGUAAAACGUUCACUGGGCUCAAUGACAGCUGUUCACCCAUGUGCAGGCUUUGCUCUCACCAGAAGCGGCCCUCAGCCCCUUGUAAAAAGACACCGGUUAUCAGACCCUCGGGGGUGUGGACGGCGGGCUGACUCCCAGCGUUCCUCACACACGGUGGGUAGAGCCGACCGGAGGCCGGGGGAAGUAGCCGGCUCUUCACAGCCUGACUGGAAGAAGAAGAAGAGGAAAGAACACAUCUUUCAGGAUGGAAGAGAAAAGUGAUUUUGUGUUAGAAAACUCAAAGCUAAAAAUCUAUAGCCAAGUUAUUUUAGAGUAUUGUCCCUCUUCCCCUUACUCUGUUUUAGAGAAAGUGUGUGUGUAUGUGUGUGUGUAAUUCUCAAGAAUAUUUUAGAACUUGCUUCAAAGUAAAUUUCAGUGCAGUUGGUUUCAUUGAGAUGACUGAGCUCUUGUAUAGAAAUUAAUUGGAAUAAAGUUGCUCAAUUAAAAUGAUUAAUAUUAUCCUUUA